UUCUCGCCAGAUUCCAUCUUCGUAGUUCCUAUUCGUGUUGACAAUUUCCCUGAAGAAAAGAUGCAAAGACUCAAAUAAGUUGGCAUGUUUAAACGAAAAGACUUGUAAUAAGAACAAUCAUGAACCACGACAAGUUAAUGAACGAAAUCAACACGAUGCUCCUCAGAGCUGAGCCACCAGUAACCAUCGACUGUUGCAUCUACAAAGUACCCUUUGUUAUCCGCACCCUCAACGAACAAGCCUACACCCCCAAAGUCAUUUCUAUUGGCCCCUUUCACCACAACCACCACCCCCACCUCCAAAACAUGCAACGUCACAAACUCAUUUACUUCAAAUCAUUUCUCCAACGCGCCCAAAUUGACUUAAACACCCUCGUUCACUACAUACAAUCUCUCCAACCUAGUUUCAUUCGUUCUUAUUCCCAAACCCUACCUUUCACCAAUGAUGAACUUGUUAAAUUAAUCUUAAUCGAUUCAGGUUUUAUUAUCGAACUUUUUUGGAGAUCCUUUUAUGAUGAUUGGUCUCAAGAUGAUGCUUUUCUUUUAAAACCUUGGUUAGCUUCUAAUAUUAGAUUAGAUUUGUUGUUACUUGAAAAUCAGCUUCCUUUUUUUGUUCUUGAAAAUAUCUUCAAUCUUUCAAAUGUUAGUGCUAAUAUUAAUAAUAAUAAUAAGAUCCCUACUUUUAUUGAACUUACUUUUGAUUAUUUUGCAUAUUACAAUAACUCAAAUUUAGCUUCUCAUAAUAAUAUUACUAUUAGGCAUUUCACUGAUCUUAUUAGGAUUUUUCACUUGCAACAUCCUGUGGAAAGACGGCCGCGAAGGAUCGAUGAACCCAUGAAACAUCUUUCCAGUGUAACUGAGUUGCUAGAUGCAGGUGUUAGGUUUAAAGUGGAUACUAAAAGGGAGUGUUUACUUGGAUUGAGGUUUUCAGGAAAGGUUUUUGAAAUUCCUCAAUUGAAAGUUGAGGAUUGGACCGAAAUUUUGUUUCGGAAUAUGGUUGCUUUGGAGCAGUGUCAUUACCCUUAUGAGUCUUAUAUUACUGAUUAUGUUGCUGUUUUAAAUUUCCUUAUUAACACUAGUAGGGAUGUUGAUAUACUUGUUCAGAAGAGAAUACUUGUUAAUUGGCUUGGUGACAGUGAUUCUGUGGCUAAUUUGUUUAAUAGCCUUUGGAAAAAUGUUACACAUUUGAAUUUCAGUGAACAUUACUCUAUUAUGUGUGAAGACUUGAAUGGUUUUUGUAGAGAUCCUUGGCAUAAAUUGAAGGCUACUCUUAGGCGUGAUUAUUGCAAUAGUCCUUGGCAAACUGCUGCUUCUGUUGCUGGAAUUCUACUACUUGUUCUCUCUUUACUUCAAUCAGUUUGUUCUGUCUUGCAAGUUGUACAGCAAUAUAAUGACUCCUCAGAUACUUAAGAUAUUCUGUUAAAAAACAAAAACAGGGUGUGGAGGUGUAGUUGGCAAAAUGUAGGGGUGGAAUUAGCUACUCCCAACUAUUGUGUUUAUUUUAUGUUAAAGAAAUGGGAUUACAAGCCCAAAACAAAGGAAGAAAUACACACGGUCAUCAUAGAAGAAAAGCAUUGUGGGUUGACUUGGUCCAGAAAAAGAAUUUGUGGGUUGAUAACUAUUAAUUCCUCAUAUUUAGCCUAUUAAACUUCUGUAGUGCUAGAUUGAUUGAUCUGAACCCUGUAUUAGACAAAAAGGCCUAAACUGGGUUUGUUUAUAUUUUUUCAA